GUCCAUUGUCAACUGUGUCGCAGUUCGUCACUCGUCGCUCUCCACCAUCUACACUCGCAAACGAAUCCACAAAAAAAACUACACUAAUUAGAUACAAUUUUCGUGAAACAUUUUUCUUUUUUCGCGAGCAUUACGGAUGCUUCUGUACAUAAACGAAACGCGCACAACUGCACGAUAUUAUUAAAAAGAUGUUUAUACAAAUUCCAAACAAUUAAUUAGCGUAUUUACACAUAAAUUAUUAUUUUUAUCAGACUGCCGCAAAAUUUCCCUUGCGUUUUUCUACGAAGAAAAUAAAUAUGGCGCCAGUGCACUUUUUCGUGGAAUUCUAAUAUUAGGAAGUAUAUGGAAAGUAGUAUUAAAAAAUACCUUAUGAUUGACAGCUGUUAGCAUGCGAAUAACAGGAGAAGUAAAACGAUAGAUUAGUUUUUGACGUGAUGUGUCAGUUUUUAUUCAGUAAUUUUUGCUAAAUUUUGUGAAAAUAGUGACAUUUAACGGAAUAUUAAAUAUUGAUAUACUAUGCAAAACGAAUACAUUAAUUAAAAUUAUACAAAAUGAAGCAUUCUACUUCACCCACACCAUCACUGGCUGGGUCCAGUUAUGCGCCAUCAUAUGCAACAUCUCGCGGACAAUCGCCACUACCGCCGCCAGCAAAUCAUACAAGAAAUUGUCUAUCAGCAACAAGCAAAAGUUACAAAUACCUACGGCGAUUACUCAAGUUUAACCAAAUGGACUUCGAGUUUGCUGUUUGGCAAAUGAUAUAUUUGUUUAUAUCACCGCAAAAAGUUUAUAGAAAUUUUAACUACAGAAAACAGACUAAAUCACAAUUCGCCAGAGAUGAUCCUGCUUUUUUAGUUUUACUUGUAGUUUGCCUCUGUGUAACCUCUGUGGUACUCGCAUGGACAAUGGGACUAAACUUUUUGCAGAGUAUUUCAUUCAUUUUAUAUGUUGUAUUUGUGGAUUGCAUCUUUGCGGGCAUCAUUGUAGCUUCGUUUCUCUGGGUAGUAACGAAUCGUUACUUGCGCAGCAGUAGUUUAGAACCUGAUAUCGAAUGGGGCUAUGCUUUUGAUGUUCAUUUAAACGCUUUCUUUCCACCACUGAUACUGCUACACUUUAUUCAGCUGUUUUUCUAUGAUUGGGUUAUAAGCCAGCCAUGGUUUUUUUCGCGUUUACUUGGAAACACAUUUUGGCUUUGCGGGCUGAGUUAUUACAUUUACAUAACAUUUUUAGGCUACAACUGUAUACCACAUUUGAAAAACACGCGCCUGAUUCUAAUACCUUUACCCAUAAUAUUUCUUUUCUAUCUGGUGACUGUGAUCAUUGGCUGGAAUGUGACGAUUUCAUUUAUUAAUUUUUACAAGUAUCGUGUUUACUAGAAAUUUACAAAAUAAGUUAUAUACGCAUUAUUAAUAGAAUUGUUUAUUUAUAUACUUAUAAGAAAGUUCACUACAUAUUUAUGUAGACAUAGAAAGAUGUGUAAUAUUGAUAUUUCUCAGAAUAUAAACUGAAAGUUUUUAUUUACAAAAUCGUA